GGUUUGCUUGGUAACUGAGUCUUACUUUGUUUGGAAAACUAUUGGAGAGUGUACCGACGCGGAAGCUAUGUAUGCAAUUUUAUGCUAAUUUGCUGUUUUCUUUUGUUCAAGUUGCACUGUUUGGGACAAUUGAGUGAUUACUGCUUUACGCUUUUACUAGAGAACGCACUCUCUCGCAUCAUAUUCAGCUCGAUCAGCCAAAUCGCUWGUCUGACGCUAGUCUUGCGGCUUCGAAUUUAAUUUUCAUGGAAUUUCUGAAGUAUCGGUUCGCAGUCGAUAAAAGACUCCCUUCAGCCACUUCAAGCCACUUUUUGSUACUCACUAUUAUGACAUUAAUCAUUUUUUACGAUGUCACUCAUCUCGAGAAGUCAAAGAAACGGAUGCUACUGAAAGAUCUCGCCAAAUUCCUCAAAUUCGAAAACUGAAGCGAUUACGCCGUCCGUUAGACCACUUUAUUCCGUGAUGACUUCCAACAUUAACAACAAGACAAGCCUUAACAUCUGCAAAGCUUUUCUAUUUUUUUUUAUCAGCACUUACACUUUAAGAAUAAUUUUCAGUUCUGUUUACUUCAARCAGCUGGGUCUGACGUCCUUCCAUACUGGCACCCUCCAAGGAGCGUCAUUUAUUGCUAAGGCAUUCGGGGCUUUUGCCUUUGGUUACGUUGCAGACAGAGCAAAUUUACGCAAAGUGAUUUUCCUGACGUCUGUGUUUGCAUGUGCUGCCACGCCUUUUUUACUGACAUUACCACAACCAAAAGAACAACAUUGUAUACACUAUUCACUCAGGUCAUCGCACGUACAGUUGCCAUCAAAGAAUAACAGCAAUACAACAUCUUUCACAACGGGAAAUGACGCGUUUAUAAAGUCAGUGAAAAAAAGGUCUACGCCAUAUUCAAAUGAGCAAACUUACUCCUACAAUAUAAACGACACUGUUAUUUCAACGCAUUCCAAAGCGUUUCACCGGCUGCUUGAAUUCGUUCAGCGAACUCUCAAAAAACAAAAAAUUGACGAAAUCCAUCUUGAUCAUGACAAAGGGCGGAGGAAGACAAAUUGGAAACAAAGCAAGCUAAUCGCACACCAUAUUGAUUCAAAUAGAUCAAAAUCACAURAAGACAAGUUGCCAGAAUUACAAACUGACACUCAUGAUAAUAAAACGUCCCAUCAACGAAAAGUACAAAUCAACUUGGCAUUUGAUAAUGAAAUGACAACAUUAUUUGCUGUUUUGUUGUGUAUCAUCAUCAUUGGAGAUUUCAUAAGUGGACCGGCUGUCAAUUUAACUGACACUGCAAUUAUGCAUCUUCUUGAAGACGAUAAAGAAGAGUACGGAAAGGUCCGACUUUGGAGCAACGUUGGCCAAAUGAUUCUUAUUCCAUCAGUGGCUGUAGUCGUCUACUUUCAACAAAUCAAAAUUUGUGGUGUGUUAUUUGAUAAUUACAUAAUCUCUUUGUACAUAGUGUCCGCGGGGAUGGCAGUGGCUUUCUUGGUUGGUUUCAAAGUUCAAAUGCCUUCUUCAAUACAGCUCAGCCCGCACACAAGCGAUGAAAAAGAGAGAACGUCUUUACAGGAGUUUCUCAAAAACUUUCUUUCACCUUUAGCCAACUGGAGUCUUCUGGUAAAUGCAUUCUUUUUUGGGGUUUUCAUCAGCAUCUUCCAAACGUUCCUGUUUUGGACCAUGAUUGAUCUUGACCCAUYACAAGCAUCUCUGUCAGUUGGUGUUGCUAAUUUCUGUCGUAAUAUAUCGUCUAUGAUAUCGUUUUAUGUUUCUACUAAAUUGCUGCGAUAUGUCAGUGCUCAUACGAUGAUAAGCAUUUCCCAUAUCCUGUUCGUGAUAUCGUUUAUCAUUACUGGCUUUUUUCGCAAUCCGUGGCUUGCCAUCAUCCCAGACUCACUGAUAUAUGUUGCAUUCGCUUUCUCAAUGACGGCUUGUGUGAUGCAUGUAGGGAAAACCGCAGCUGAAAGUUGGUCAGCAACUGGUCAAGCUUUUCUUCAAGUUUUAUACAGUGGUAUUGGUCCUGGAGUAGGUCCAUUGGUGGCAGGCAUCCUCAUGGAGCAUUUUGGACAAAUCUGGACCUACCUCUUAUUUGCUGGACUAACUGUUCUGGUGUUAGCAUUUUCUCUGGCUGUGCAACUGAUUUUAAAGUUUACGGAGAAUCAGUACCAACCGGUUCCAAACAAACAUAUAGAUGAAUGAGCAAAUAAACCAGAGAGAGAGAGAGAGAGAGAGAAAAAAAAAACGAACGAGAGAGAAUAAUCGAAAGAACACUAAAUAAUUUCUCAUGACUUGAUAGCAAGCAAACCUGUUGAAAACGCGCAACGAAAACGAGUUUUUCAGACUCAUUAAAACUCGUUAAUAAUAAUAAUGACAGGGUAAAUUUUGAAAAGCACAAGUCUAUAAAAAUAGUUUAUUCACAUCAUGUAUUAUGGUUCUAAUGGACCCAAUUUAAUGAAAACAGCAACAACCUCUUUUAGCGAUCUCAUUCACACUAUGUUAGCCUCAAAACAAUGCAAUAUAUUCUUUUAUUCAGUAAAACCUCAUGUAGUACGAGAUCUGUGAGUAUAGAAGACAAUGAAAAUAGCAUGAAAUCUCACAAAUUUUAUCUAAAUUUCUGCAUAUUUUACACCCAAUGAGGCUAACAUAGGGUAAAAGAGAUCAUGAAACUCAACUAUUAUUGUUGAAUACAUGUAGUUUGUUAUUCAUGUUGUUAGCUCUUGAAACUCAUUGACAAACAAUAGUAAAAUAAUUUAGAAUAAGUUUUCAAAAGAAUUGGUGGAGAACUGUGUUCAUGGGUUUAUUACAUUGAUGCCACAAUGCAAAUCACCUACUCUGCCAGUCUCCCUAUGUGCAGUUAAAACCCUUUCCUCGUGCUAUAUGUAACUAGACCAUUUCCAAGAUGUCCAGAUACUUUCAAAAAAAAAAAAAAAAAAAAAAACAAAAAAAACGAGGUACCUUGGGGCAAAAGUAUAGUAG